GCCGGGUGUCCCCCCACCCCCAGACCAUCGCCGUGGGUGGCCCCUCGCCCGCUGACCGGGUCCCGUUCCCUGGAGCGGGGGCUCAGCCAGCGCCGCUGCACCGUGCCCACAGGAGGGGAGAGAAAGAGGCGCCGGAGCAUCCCGCCGUGGUCACCCCAUGCCACCCACCCGCCACGCCAGCAGCCUCCCCGAGGCCACUUGGAUCUUGACCUUCAGGGAGAUGUCGGAGCCCUGGAAAGGUGCCGUGGGGUGCGUCGGCGUGGCCGUCUUCUUCGCCAUGACCAUCGGCAUCAUCUCCUGGCAGGCGCAGGAGCAGUCCCCGGAGGAGUGGGUGCUGCGGGGCCGCGCUGGCGGGGUGCUGUGGGAGCGCCAGCGGGGUGCUCUGCUGCUGCGGGUGCUGCCGGCGGGGCGGACGGUGGCGGUGGUGGCGGUGGGCGGUGUGCCGGCCACCGAGCCGCCCCCGCCGCGGGACCACUGCUGGCACGACGGCGGGCAGUUCUGCUACGCCUGGGAGGAGGGUGCCGAGCUCCGGCUCUCCCUGGAGCCCCCCCCGGCCCCCGGCACCGAGUGCUACGGCGUCCGCUGGACCCCGCUGCGCCCCGACAUCAUGCUGAAGGAUUGCUUCUCCAUGGCCAACGUCUCCUGGUACGGGGGGGUGAGCAUCCGUGCCCAGCGCUGGCCGCUCAACGGCGCCGAGAGCCGCACGCAGCCCUUCGUCAGCGGCGACUUUGGCAAAAACCCCGCCGGCUACGGGCCUGUUUUGGAGAGAUACUUUUUGGGCUCGACAGGAGUGACGGUGACGGUGGCUCCCGAUGUGCCCUUCUUCCUCUCGCUGGAGAACAACAGCCACUUCUGCCUGGAAACGCCGGCGGGGAGCGAGGCCGUGCCCCUGCGCUACCUCCUCUGCGUCAGCCCCGACGUGGCGGCCGCCCACCGGCACGUGGGCAGCCAGCUCGGGGGGCAGGCGCGGGCGCUGCCGGAUACGGCCCUUCUGGGGUCUCCCAUCUGGCGGUAUUACGGCCCGGCGGGAUCGGCUGCCAAAAUAAAACGGGGUUUGAGGUCGCUGGCCAGGAGGUUGAAGCGGCAUCGCCUUCAGGAGGGGGUCGUGGCCCUGGGGGAGCGCGGCACUGCCAUCCUCGCCGCCGCGGACCACGUGCCCCCGGAGCGCAGGAGGAGGCAGGAUGCAGCCCGCGCCUGGGACCCUGCGCUGAUCGCGCCGCUGCAGCUCUCCAUCACGCUGUCCCCGUACGCCAGCAUCGCCUCCCCGCUCUUCCUGCGCUCGCUGCGGGACGGCGAGGCGGCCAGCCGCUGGCUGAGCCUGCAGCUCCAGUUCGGGGGCUGCUCGGUCCCGCUGCUGACGACGUGGAAGGGGCGGCUUUGCGCCCGCCUCAACGUCACCAGCGAGGCGGCGCUGAACUGGUUCCUGGCCCGGGCCCGGCGCCUGCGGCAGGCGCUGGGAGCCGCGUACGUGGUCUUCGAGGGCGCCGAGGGCAAUGCCUUCCUGGAGCAAGCUGUGCCACCUCCCGCCGAGCUGGCGGGCGACCGCUACACCGCGGCGCUGGCGGCGGCACUGGCCGCACUGGGCAACGCCACCGUCAUCAGCGCCGGAGCCGGAUCCAGCCAUCUGCCGUUCUUCGUCCAGAUGAGCCCGCUGCGCUCGGACUGGAGCUACGCGGGGCUGAAGGGGGUGAUCCCCUCCGUGCUGCACUACAGCCUCCUGGGCUACAACUUCUUCAUCCCUGAUGCAGUAGGAGGGAGCCUGGCCGGUGACACCCCCGGGGACCCGGAGCUCUACGUGCGGUGGCUGCAGAUCGUGACGUUCCUCCCCGUGAUGGCUUUCAGCACGCCGCCCUGGCUCUGCUGCGACGCCUGGGUCCUGAAUCUUACCCGGCAAUGCAUACAGAGACACCAGGACUUUGUUGUGCCACUCCUCAUAAAAUACAGUGAGGAAUGGCUUAGUUUUGGGUACCCCAUCUUCCGGCCGGCGUGGUGGCUCAGUCCCACAGAUCCAACUGCUUUUACCAUAGAGGAUGAAUUUCUCAUUGGAGAUGAGGUCCUGGUUGCCCCAAUAACAGAAAAAGGGCAAACGUGGAGAGAUAUCUACUUACCUGGAGAAGGGCACCUAUGGAUGGAUACCAACACUGCCCGCGUGUUUGACGGAGGCACCAUCCUCAGGAAUUACUCGGCCAGCCUUGCAGAGGUGCCGGUUUUUGUAAAGACCCCCUAAAUUCACAGACUGAAGCAGCUUUUGGACAGCUGACCUCUUUCAGAGCAGCGCUGGCCAAAUGUGGUCGCUCUUCCUUGAGACUAUUUCAGUCUAUUUGCACUUUUUCAAGAACCUUUUUUUUUAUUAUUAUUUCAGCAGAAAUUGUUUGAAUCUUUUAUUAAUCGCUGUUAUUCUAAAAUAGCGGCAAUACAGCUUUGGCACAAACAUACCUCCACGCAGAAUGUUGACAUGUAUCUUCCCAGGGUUUUCCCGGUGCAAUGUUUGUGUGCAUGGUUUUAGGUGGGCACAUCCAGCAUUUCCAGGUCCCUGGCACCAUGCUCAAAGAUGCUUCCUUGUCCAGAGUGGAUUUUCCAGAAUAGGACAUAAACGAACAUCAGUUUAUACCAGAUGGGAUGUUCUGCAUUUAAAGAAAAAAAAAAGUACAUACAGGGAAAACAAAACACAAUCACUCUCUUCAUGUGUAUGUAUGGGCAUCACCUGUGUGAAGCGGUACCUGCUUCUCUCACCUGACGCUGCGUAUAUGGUCCCCCAGGAAAGGCUUUGGUAGCAAGAGCCCCACUUUGAGGAUAAUUGGAAAAUUAGGUGAAUUUCAGGUCUGUGGAAGAAAAAUAAACUUGAUCAAGCAAA